AUGCCUUCUCCAACCAAGAACAUCACGCUUACUGUUCCAAAACUGGUGUUCGAAGCGGUACCCCUCACCCAGGAAGCUUUCGCUCCGUUCGGGGACGUGAUCAACAACCCUCGACCAGACUUGCACCCAUUCUCUGCCACAUCAGUACCCUCACUCCCCUUUGAUGGAAUCUCCGCCAACCAAGGCUCAGCCAUUAAAUAUCAACAUGUCUCUCGCCAAAUCAACCUCUACCCCCAGGCUCCCAGUGCCGUCCCAGGGGUCUCGGUAAUGAACAUCUUCAUCUGUGCUUCACGGAUCAGUAUCCCAACCUCGUCCGCGUCACCAUCACAACCACCACCCCCAGCUACCGCAUUCCCUGUGCGUGUAUUGGAGCGCCAUCCUUUCACAACCCAGACUUUUAUCCCUCUCUCGGCACCUGAAAAUCAGCACUAUCUUGUUAUCGUGGCGUCUACCCUCCCACCCGCUGAUGCAGACGCAGAUUUGCCAGUUCCAGCGAAUCUCACGACCACAGACCUAGCAGGAGCCUCUUAUCCCCGCCCCCUCCCUGGCAGGGGACUUCCCGAUCUCAGCGGACUGCGUGCCUUCGUUGCCACAGGCAAGCAAGCUGUGACAUACGGUGCGGGGACUUGGCACGCGCCCAUGGUGGCUGUUGGGAAGCCUGGCACAGCACUUGAUUUUCUGGUGGUGCAGUUUGCGAAUGGAGUCGGGGAAGAGGACUGUCAAGAGAUCUACUUCAAGGCUGAAGGGGAAGGAAAACAAGGGGUUGUUGUUGAGUUGACCCCGGCCUCCAAGCCUCAAGACUUGGGGCCUAUGGGUUCGAGGCUGGCUAGGCUGUGA